AUGCGGGAAGGGCCGGACACUCCCGCAGACGGGCCGGGUCUUGCCUCGUCGUCGCGGGUCACUCAGCGCCAGAACCCGAGAGCUGACCCCGCCGACUCUCGACUCCCGAAACUGAGUCAUAUCUACACGACCUUUCGGGAGAUGGCGAGAUCCCAGGUCAAGGCUGACGGCACCGCCCCAGGUCACGCCUCCGGCCCCACCGUGUGUGAGGCUGGCGGGGGAGGGGCAGAGGACAUGCACAAGCCAAAGCGGACCUGGACAGAACGGUGGGUGAUGGGCGUGAGUGUGGCCGGCGUCUUGGUAUCGGGCCUCGUCCUGAUCAUCGUGCUCUUCCCCCUCCUGACGAGGAAGCCCGUCCCCACGCCCGCUCCUCCAGCCUCCUUCCCCAACAUCCCCGCCGAUGUGGUGCGACUCCAGCCUGACUCGACCAACGAAGACAGAAUUUCGCCCGGCGAGAGGGUCAUCCUGGCAGACAAGGACGUCUUUCUGGAGGGCAGGAAGAGCUCUGGCCUUCUACAGGACUCUGAUGCAGGUCCAGACACGGCAGAAAUUCGUAAAUUCUAUAAGCUCAUGGCAGACAACAUCAAGGGCGCUAUGAACAGGAGUUCUGACCCGUGCCAGGACUUCUACGAAUAUGCCUGUGGCAACUGGCACCAGCACCAGCCUCCUCCCAAGGGGGUUUCCCGCUGGAGUAACUUCGAAGCCAUGACCAUCACCAUCUGGGAGCUAAUGGAGGACCAACUGAAACGGGCCGCUUCAUCGGAAAUCGGAGGCACAUCCCAGGACAUAUCCUUCUCAGAGGAGUUCAAAGACCCACUCGGCAGGGUUCGUCAGGCUCUCCUCGAGGAGGCUGACCCUUUCAUGCUGGAGCUUGCAGGUCGGUACUAUGCAGCAUGUGAGAAUGAAACACAACUCGCCAGACUAGGCGCUGCGCCUCUUCAAGAGGUCCUCCGCAACAUGGAUGAACAAUACAGGACUCUCUUACAGAAAGUGAAGCCCUUGGAAGCCUUUCAAAGGAUGUUGGAGUAUGUGCAUCACGACCUGGCUGUGCACGCCUUUUUCAGCUGGAAGGUUGAGGUAGAUAACAGCGUGGCAGACAGCAUGGCCAUCGAAAUCUCAGCACCCAGCCUUGACCUCAUCCCACAAGGCACUAAGGUCGAAGGCAAUGAGGAACUCGUUACUGUGUAUCAACAAUAUGCCUCCGAACUCUUGAAAAUAGUGGGCACUUAUGAUGGCAGGGAAGUGUCUGCAGAGGUGGAAGACAUUCUAGCAAUGCUUAAGGUGUACCAGCCCCUGAGUGGUUCUCCCCUGGUCAACGAUACCACAGUGCAGGAGCUCGAAGCCAUUGCACCCUUCCUCAACUGGCAAAGCUUCUUUAAUGUAGGCUUCAAUCCACUGGGCAUAUUUGUGUCCCAGAGGGAGCGAAUUCUUUCCUUAGUGCAGGACUACCUCGUCGUGCUCUCCACCAACAUUCUACAAGAGAUCUCACAGGAAGGGUCAGCCCGCCGUCUCUACGCCUUCCUCCGCUGGCAAGUGGCUCAGAACUAUGCACAGUACUUGCACAAGUCUGCCAGGAACACCAUCCUGCCACUUUUUGACGGAAUCACUGGCGAGAACACCACUAGCCUCCCGCACUUCCGAUACCGGCCCUGCAUCAAGGAGCUGGAAGAGAGGCUGGCUCUGCCCAUUGCUUACCUCCUCAUGGAAAUCAUUAAAGGACAGCUACACAAGCACCAUAACAUCAAGGACAUGGUCAACAAGGUUAAGCACAUGGCAGAGAACAUUCGCGAUGAAUACAAACACUUUAUCUCCUCCUUCAAAUGGCUGAAGGACAAGGAUAAAAGCAUGCUGGUAGAGAAACUCAAUAAUGUAAAGAUCCUAGUGGGCUACCCACCUGUGUUAGAUAAUGUGUUCCAACUCAGGAGUAUGUUUAAGGAGCUCCACUUCACCCACGACAACCUCCUGCAGAACCAGAUUAACCUUCUCAAGUUCAACCAGCAGCGGAAGAUGAAGUUUCUGAGGCAGCCGGAAACGUAUACUGAGUGGGAGGUGCUCUCCCCCAUGUCGCUCAUCAGUUUCUAUGUGUAUCGUAGGAAUGCCCUGCUGGUCCCACUGGGUGGCUUCAUGUACCCACUCUACAGUUCCCACAUCCCUGAGCCGCUUACUUAUGCCACAAUGGGGGUGUUCAUUAGUCAUGAGCUGGGGCACGCUGUUGACUUUGUGGGACGCACGAGGGAUUCCCUUGGGAGGGCCAAUGCCACCCUCUGGGAUGAAUCCACAGUUGCAGACUUUGUAGAGCGAGUGUUGUGUCGUGUGAACGAGUACAGUGAAAAGCACUACCCUAUAAACGGCCUCUUAACCAUCGCUGAGGUCAUGGCAGACGACGGCAGUGUAACCAACGCUUACAUGACAACCCACAAGCAACUUCAGCACACUAGGUUUCCAGCACAGUUGGAGAGUCUUAUGGACCAACUGACUAUGACCCCUGACCAGCUAUUCUUCCUCUAUUAUGCCCAGCUCUUCUGCACGACUUCCCCAGAUGGCACUCCAGCCAAGGGGGUGGAGCACUACCCACCGCACUCAGUCAGGGUCACCGCCACUCUUACCAAGAACUUAGCAUUCCACAGUGCAUACCAGUGUAAGGAAGGUUCUGGCAUGAACCCUGAUAGCAAGAACUGUGAAAUAUGGUGACAAAAUAAUAGGACUUCAUGUGAAUCUCUAUUUCAACACUGUGAUGCAAGGUAAUUCAUGUUUCAAGGUCACCAAACAGAUACACCCACAGGUAAUUUGGUUUCCUCCUAUUUCAUAAUGAUCUGAUGGUGCAACUGUUCUUGAAGUCUUACAAGUGCAUAAAACUUGUAUCAUAUGGAAAGAAGGUUAUAAACAUUCACUUCCCCUUGUAAUAGAUCUGUGAUAGCACAUGCUGUAAUGACUUUUUCUGCAACCAAUAAGAAUACUGGAUGACAUUUUAGGCAUAUAUUUAGCAUUUAUUAUUUUUCUAUGUUUAUACUGAACACAAAGAAUUAUAUUUGUAUAGGAAAG